UAGAUACCCUUAUAUGAAGUUUUGAAUUGAUCACUGCGAUUGGAUUGGUUUGUGUGAAUGGGCGCGCAUCACACACACAGAGCUAGAAUUUCAUUGACAGACGGAAUCCUCCCGAACAUUCUAAACAAGUUGGUUUUCUGCGUCAGCCGAGUCACGAGGCUGACACAGAAUUGAGUCUACGCGUGAGUAAGCGAAGUGGCGCAACACCUCUUGUCCUGGUUCGCAACAGCAGACAAGUAUCAGUCACUCGUUAUUAAGUCUCUCGUAUUAUCUACGCUAAACUUUCGUCGUUCCUUGCAUUAUUAUCUAUUUGUAAUGCCUAUCAUCGCAGAAGACCCCAACUUAGCCGUUCCACCAGACUUCGAGUCGGAAGAAUACACUCUAGCUCGUGCUCAGCUCAUUAACGAAACGACGAACGACCAGCAGGCCGCCGAAAUAUUGGACAACCUGUGGCAUAUCCAAAACAAUGCAGACAGAUGUCGGUGGUCAGCCAGGAUUCGUGAGGAAGCUGAAGAAGCCGAAGAAGAGCGCAGACGUAUCGCAGAAGAGGAAGCACAGCGGCAACAAACACUCCUUACCGAGCAAGAAGCUGCUGUUUUAGAAGAACGGAAAAAGAACAAAUCCAAGUAUGCACCAAUCCGCAACACUGAAGUUCCGUCCAACCCGAUCAUCCUUCCAUGUCAAUAUGCUGUCUGGAAAAUGAAAUCAGGCGACUACUGCGAACUCUUCUACUUCACGAACAGCGGCUUAGAAGAAGCUUCUUGGAACACCUUUACAGCUGAUGAAGACGCCCUAAUAAUGCUACCUACUGCUGAUGGAAUGCACAAGUGGAUUCCGGCCGGUGCCGCUCGAGAUCCCAAAGUGCAGAUAGUAAAGGAUGAGAACCUUACUUGGGAGCAAUUUAACGAAGCAGCGCCUCGAAUGAUUGUACUAAUGAAAGAAAAUGACUGGCCAGAUGAUAGGGUAGCCAUGCACGUCUCAUUUUGGUCCGUAUUACAAAACCAUCGCUGGAGACACGAUUUCGAUACUCAUAAACAGCGAGUGCUGUUGCUAUACCAAGCCCAACAGCAGUUCCAACAGCUGGAGCCUAGCUAA